UAAGAAAAAACUUAAAAAAAAUAGGUGAAAAAAAAGAAUAGAUCGAUCUUUCACAUUAGCAUCUUAUCAAAAAAUUAUUGGGCAAAAAUCUAGCAUAUUGAAAUUAAAAUUAGAUUGAAUUAAGAGACGCAUAGUUCGAUUGAUCGAUUGAAGUAAAAAAUGAUUGACACCAUUAAAGAGAAUUAUUUAAAAAAUUCUAUAGAAAUUUAAGAGGAACUUUCUACUAAAGCUCAUUAUGGAAAGAAUUUGGAGGUAAAUCAAGAAAAGAUGGUUUAGGAAAGCUAUUUACAGGCAAAUGAUUAGUCUAUUACAUAAGGUCAUUUUUAAUAUGACAAAUAAAUAGAAUUAGCAGUGCCUUUGUCAAAAAAAGAAUUUGACAUCUAAAAGAUUAAUACAGCUAUACCUGAUAUAUAGAAUCAUAAAAUUUCUUAAUAAAAAAUUUAAAAUUCCUCUAUUCUUAACCCUAAUUAUUAUAAUUAAUCUUCAAUUAAUCCUUCUAGAAUACUGGGCUACCAUAACAAAAUUAUACCAAAUAAAUAGUAAUAUAAUAAAAUCUAUGAAAAUCAUUAACCUGAAGAACAUCUCAAGCCAGAGGAAAUUAAUAAUAGGUAUUCUAGGUAUUAAUUUUAACCACCUCUAUAGCAAUUUCAGCUUGAUCAAUAAUAAAUUAUUCCCGAGCUAAGCGAAGAUAAAAGCGAAGUAAAUGCUUAGAUGAUUUUUUUACCAAAUUAAAAUUUAAAGACUAUGAAAAUAUCAAAUGAUAUAUCAAAUUAUAAUUACACCCCACAAUAAUUAGAAUAUAAAGGAUAAAUUUCCAAAAAUAUUAAUUAAAAUAUCUAAAAUCCAAAUUAAUUAAAUUAGAAUUGCUUUAGUGGUAAUAGAGAGAAUUUUGUAUAAAGACAAUAUUUCAAUAGAUAUAAUAACUAAUAUGAAAGAAUAGGAGUUGAUACAUCGAAUGAUAGAUAUAAUUAAAAUUACAUGCUCCAUGCUUAAAUGAAUUAAUAAAAAAAUUUAAUUCACCCAGGUCAUGAGCCCGAAGAGGAUGAUAACCUUGAAUAGAAAUUAAUUUUGACUAAUCAGGAAUUUGAAAAUCUAAAAAAUACAUUAUAACAAAAAAAAGUAUUACUUGAAAUGAAGUAAAAAAUCAGAUAAGAACUUGUUAGGCUUAUCUAGAAAGAAAGUAACAAUUUGUAAGAUUAGAAAGAAUUUUGUCAAUAGCUAUUGCAAGCCAUAUAAGAUUGUUUAGACCUCGAGCAAAGAAAACGUGAAAUCUAAUCUUAGCUAUUUGUCAAUCUGGAAGAAUAAGAGGAUAUUUAAAAAAAAAUAUAAUAGCAAAAAUAGAAGUCAGCAACAUAUAAAGCAAAUAAAUAAGGAGAAAACAAAACAAAUUCUGCAGACCAUAGUACCUAACUUUAGUUAAGUUCUUAAGCCAGUUUAAUUAAGCCCCUUUAGGAUGAUAAUAUCAAGUUAGAAUAUGAUGCAUCAGAGAAAUAGGACAAGAACAUAGCCAUUUCAUUAGCUGAAAAUGGUUAAACUAAUUCUGAUUAGAAUUCUAGUUAAUUUGUAAAAUUAAGCGAUAAAUAAUAAAAUCAAAACUUUGACGAUAAUUAGUUAAAAAGUACAGAAAUUAUUAAUUAAAUUGGAGAAAGUCAAAGCAAUCAUGAAUUAUAAUAAAAUGGAAUAUUAAUAAAAAAAGAAAGCGAGAAUGCUGACCAUCCAAUUAUCCUGAACAACCAUUAGUAUUAGUUUAAUCAAGCUUAAUAUGAAAAUGCAUUGUAAAGAAAAAUUAAUUAUUGCUAAUAGUUUGAAAAUAAAUUACAAUAGAAUUAUCUUGAAAAAAUUAUUAAUCCUUGUUAAGCUUUUCCCCAUUCAGCUUUAUCUAUUAUUUGUCAAAAAUAAAAUUAGAUUCAUCCACCUCCUCCCCCUUAUUAGUUUGAAACAAAAGAAUAUUUAUAUUCUAACUAUUAGUCAUAAUAGAUUCGAAAUCACGAGUCUCUACUUUAGGGUUAGCAAUAAUUAAAUUAGAAUUUAGAUCCUUUGCAAAUUGUUAUCAAAGAAGAGCAUAAUGCUGCAUGUUUAAAUCUAAUAGGUAAUAGAGGAGAAGGUUUUGGUUCAAAACAAGUUAGUAGCAUGAUUGAGGAAAACCAAAACAAUUCAAAUACUGCAUAUAAUAAAAACGAAUCUAGAAUUUUAGAUAUAUCAUAGUAAAGCUUUUAGGUUGUAGAGAAUCAAAUCAAGAUAGAAUAAGCAAAUAAUGAUUACAAUUUAGAUUAGCAAACCAGUGGUAAACAAACCUAACUCCAAAGAAUCAUUGAUGCUUAUAAUAAAACAUAAAAGUUUAAAGAAACUCAUGGACAUCUCAGUAAACUUAAAAAACAGAUAGAGAAAAAGCCGAAAAAAUAUUCAGAUACGAAAGAUUUGAUUAGAUUCAGAAAAGGUUAAGAAAAAGAUAUUCAAAUAGCAAGUUUCUAGAAAUUAUCUGAAUCAGAACUUUAAAAGAAAUUGCAAUUUCAUAACUAGCUUAAAAUUUUUAUGCUUUAGUCAAGCAAAUAUAUAAAAGAGUAGAUUUCAUUGUAAAUUAAAAUCGUUGAUAACGAAGCUAAUAGGGUAAUUAAUGAGUAGCACAUUAGGUAUCUAGAUGCUUUCAAGAAUAGGUUUACGAAAAGUGAUCUUUCUCACUUUUUGAAAGAAAUUGAUGAAAUAAGCUUUGAUGAAAUAGAUGAGAAUAUGAAAGAGCUUGAUUCAAAGCUAAAGCUGAUAAAGUAACGUAAAAUAACUUACAUCAUCACCAUCAUUAAAAGCUUUACAAACUUAGAAUAAUUCAAAUAAAUUUUCCCUGAAGAAAAUAGUCAAAUAUUUGAGUAAAAUUCUACUUAUUUGAGUUAGUACUUGCUCGAUAAUCCAAUAAAAAUUUAAGAAAUCAACCAAUACAUUGGUAAAAUUAAUUAUUUUAAUAAAACGAAUCGUAUGUACCUCCAAAGGUAUUGUCUCUUCCAGCUUGGCAUAACUGCUUGCAAAAAGAAAGCAAGUAAGCUUGACCAACUCUACAUUAAAAACUAUGUACUUUAGAUGUUAUCAAACCCAAGUAAUAUUGAAUGA